AUUAUCUCACCUUUGUUACAGACCUACGCAAAGAAACAUUAGAUCAUGUCGAAGCGCUUUUGGAAUCACUCACGUGGAUAUACUUCCGCUCCGUGCUCGGUUGAAUAAUCUCCAUCAACACUUGGAAACCCUCGACCGUCGAUCGUGACCCUCCGUCUUAAACGGCCGUGAUAACGGAGAACGUGAGAAGCGUCCGUUCAAGAAUAAAGCCAAAAGAAAGGAAGAAGAGAAAGCACAUAGUCCUCUUGUCGAAAGUUCUUCAUCACUCGUGCUCCAAGCUCCGUAUACCACUCUCUGUUUUCUCUCAUGCUCUAUUGUCCCAAAAUACGGAUUUUUUUCAGAUAAUUAUUAAACUUGAUAUGAUGGCGGGAGAGGUUCAAGAACCGUUUAACCUAAGCCUUCUGGAGAACUCUAUUCACUCAGGAUCGGUUUCAUUUGGAAGAUUCGAGAAGGAAGCUUUAUCAUGGGAGAAGAGAUCAUCCUUCUCUCACAAUAGGUAUCUAGAAGAGGCUGAGAAAUUCUCUAAACCAGGCUCUGUUACUCAGAUGAGAGCUCAUUUCGAGGCUCAUUUUAAGAAAAAAGGAAUUCGAUUUCCUAGUUCUAAAGAAGCACAAACAUGGGGAGAAGUUGUUCAUCAUCAUCAUCAACAAACUUGUACUGAGGAAGACGAGAAUUUGUGGGAGAGCACGAGUCACUGUAGCCACUACAUCUAUGAUCAAGACAAAUCUGAUCAAGAAAGAAGCCACUUCGGUGAUUCUUGUUUGAGUUAUGACGAAAAUCUGGUGACUUUUGAUGAUGAUAAUAGUUCUCUUUCUGCUGCGUUGGAGAAAAAUGAAAUGGCUUGUGGUGAGAUGAGUCUAGAGGACAAACAAGAAACGACUUCUUCCUCUUCAGCUACAUCGAAGCCUCUAAAAAUUGUUAAGAAAGAUAGUCCUUAUUCAGCGGCGACCAAAGCUUCUACCAAGAAGCAUGUUGUGCUAACAAAGAUAUCUCCAAGAUGUAAUACAAAAACAAGUAUUGAUACUAAGAGAGAAAAGGAAUUGAAGCCGAAGAGGACUGUUAAGCCCAUUGCAUCUCAAGCUUCAACAUCAAAGAAAACUGAGAGUCUAACUUCUUCGGUGGGUACAAGAGAGAAGCGAACAAAUGCUCAUGGUUUCAGUUUCAGAACUAGUGAACGAUCCCAUAAAAAGAAAGAGGAAGUUGUGGUGCGUAAAGCUCUCAACGUUAAAGCAAGACCGAUGCCUAAAAACACACAAGCUAGACCUCAACACUCGUCAACAGGUCAAGCAAAGGCAAGAGAUGAUGCUAAGGAAAAAUCAUCUAAAGCUAGUUGUGAUUGGCCAUUGGCAAAUGGAACGGCCAAGAGUAAGCUCAAUAUUAACAAACAGAAGGUGGAUAAUAUAUGCAGAGGAAUUCGGCCAAAGAGCAGCGACCAGACCGCGAGAAACAACGCAAACAGAGGCAUUUUAGCGGUUAGGCGUUCUGCGGUUGAGGUUGCUUUGUGAGCAAUUCACCGUCUCUGCUUUUGUUCUUUAGAUUCAACUUCAGCUGCAAUUGGUAGUACUAUGGGCAGCCUCGAUUGUUUCUUUUUGUGUUUUAACUUUUGAGUUUGUGUUUCUAUGUUUUAAUGAUUAGAAUAUUAUAACAUAGAAACACAAAUACAAAUACAAAUAAACGAUCAGAGCUCAUGGUAAAAUCACUAUUUCCACUAAUAAAUUUCCAUAGGCUCAAGAGUAGCUUCUAUUUAAU